AUGGCCAAUUUUUCUCAAUUGCCAAAUGAAAUUUUGCUUCUGGUCGCCAAAUACCUCUACAGCCAGAAAGACAUCAACGCCUUAGUACGAACCAACUGGAGGCUAUAUCAUCUUUUGUAUGCCUUUCUCUGCCAUUUCAACAUCCAGCACCACAAAAGCUCGGGACUACUGUCUGCAGCUGGAAGUGGAAAUUUUACUAUAGUGGAGCAGUUCCUGGAUGUUGGAGCGAGUAUCUCCUCUUUUGAGCUCAAGCCCGACAGAGGGUGGUCAGUCGAGUCUUUCCGAAGACAGGACAACCCACUUCUCAGAGCUGCUCAAAAUGGGCACGUGGAGCUUUUGAAGACCAUGCUCUCAGGAACCCACCCGGGCUGUGCGUGCGCACCAGAACAACUCCGCACCGUGCUACAUUGGGCUAUCAAUACUGGGAAUCAAGUCAUCGUCGAGUUGAUGAUUGCAAACAAAGCCCCAUUAGGUUCUUCAUCGAUCAUCGGAGAUACCACUACAGCUUUGAGCCAAGCGGUUCGUGUCGGGCGCGAGUCUAUCAUCGAAUGUAUUCUUCAGACUGGUUGGAAGUGGACACUUCUUUCCCCAGAUCCAUUCGCUCAUGCUGUCUCUCUCAAUGACACCUCUAUACUACAGCUUCUUCUUAACUAUGGCCUUCACCCGCAGUCAGAUGAGUUUUUGGUUCAGGCUUGCCGUCAAGACAGCACUGCGGCUCUCCGGCUGUUGAUUGAUUCUGGGUUUGAUAUGAUGAUUUAUGGUCCUAUUGCACUUUUUAGUGCUAUCAUGCAUGGAAACCAGACCAUAGUCCAAUUCUUGAUUCAGGAGGGGGUAACCCCACACCUGAUAAGCGCAGCCAACUUCCAGAUCCCUCGCUCUACCAUUUGGUAUGCGGUUCGAUCCAAGCAACUCCAUAUCCUAAAGCUUCUAGUGGCUGAGGGGGUCCGUCCGGAGUAUGACGCACUUGCAGUUGCCAAGGAACAAAAUUGCUUGGAAGCCAUUGCUAUUCUUGAGAAAUUCUCAUACGAGGAUAUCCCAGAGAAGGUGCCACUGAAACUCUGGAUCGAAUAUUGGGAGGACAAGCGAAGUGAGGAUCCUAAUUUCCACCCGCUAAUUAUGUACCAGUCCCAAAAGUAG